CCCAUCGGUAUACCUUCGCGUUGCACAUAGUACAAAUAUACCCGCGCGCUCCAGCGGAGAUCAGUGCCACCGCAACCUGGAGACCGUCGCCGCCCAACAAACGCAUCAGCUCGACGAAAAUGUCGCACCCGCAGCGCGCCUUUGUCCUCCUUUUCGCGGUACUCGCCUUUUUGACGACAGGUGGUCACUGCAUAAAGUGCUACCAGUGCAGCAGUGACACCGAUCCGAAAGGUGUGGACAACUGCGGGGCCUACAAGCCCUUCGACAAGGAGAAACACUACCCGGUCGAGUGCAACAGCGACGAGUCCAAGGCCCCGGGAACCUUUUGCGUCAAAGUCACGCAGCAGGGACCCCGAGGAUUUAUCUGGGACGGCAGGUGGAGGCAGGUGAUCCGGCGUUGCGCUUCCGUGGCGAGCACGGGAGUCACGGGCGUGUGCAACUGGGGCGUGUACGAGAACGGCGACUACUGGGAGGAGUGCUCGUGCUCCGGGGACGGGUGCAACGCGGCAUCCCGACUUCAACUGGGCACCGCAGCCAUCCUCGCAGCGGUACUCCCUACCCUUGGGCUUUGGAGGAUCGUCCAAUUGUGAACACACGAGCUUCGACGCCUCUUUUACUUUUAUUGACGCUAUGUAGAAUGUUGUGACGGCUAGUGAGAAAAUGAUGAUACACAAGAAGUGUGUACUUAUUAGCCGAGUGCGGCGAGUGAAUCCAGUGUGGCAUACAAUAGAAGUACGCGCCAAAGGAACUGUAUUGUUAUUGUUGCACAAAAGCAGUGAGAUCCGUGACUUGAAAAAGUAGCGAGAGUUGUCGAUGCCUCUCUCUCUCUCUCUCUGGUUGGAUAUAUUAUAUGGUUGCUUUUGCUUUUCGUAGCCCAACAGUGGGAAGACAAAAUUUUUAUACAAAUUUUAUCGAUUCACGGUAUACCUUACACUCCGUCCACGUCGAUCCGUCCAUUUUUUUAUAGUUUUAAGAAUCGCGGUUUUUUAAUUUAUACGUAUAUUAAAACAACGUAGCCAUAGUACAAAGUACUAUUAAUAUAUGUAGUCAUAACAUACAGCUUUCGAACAAUUUUCAUAUUAUACAAAGCCGCAGAGCGUUGAUUGCCGUUGUUCCGGUAAAAUUGCGAAGGAUCUCCAGAAAGCGAUAGAUGUAUACCGAGUGAUACGCAAAUCGGCAAAUGUAAAUAACGAUUAAGUCCUUACCAAUUUUUUUUGUUCAUUUCUGAAACUUCUGCGUGCACACCGAUUGAAUCUCCAUUUGUAUUUUUUACCAACAACGAAUCGCUUGUAUAAAACGUAGCAAUAAAGUAAAUUAAAAAAAAAUAA